UGGCUGGGGCUGGCUGGAGGCCGCCCCCGGAGAGCCUGGCCGGCAGGGACUCCCUGGAGGGCCCUCAGGGCGCCCGGCGCAGGGACACGGCGGACUGCGGUGCCGGGCCAGACCGGACGCGCUCCGCCCCGGCCACCACAGGCUAGGGGCAGGGGCGGCCGGCAUCCGCGGCCGGGCUGAGCGCUGGAGAGCCCGCUCUGGCUGCCCGGGCCGGGCACGGACAGUCUCUCCCGCCGCAGGAUGCUUCGCGUGUGGCAUGGAGAACGGGUUCCGGGUCUACAACACCGACCCGCUGAAGGAGAAGGAGAAGCAAGAGUUCCUCGAAGGAGGCGUGGGCCACGUCGAGAUGUUAUUUCGCUGCAACUACUUGGCCUUGGUUGGUGGUGGGAAGAAGCCGAAGUACCCCCCGAACAAAGGUGAGGCCCCACUUGUGUCCUGCCCUGGCCCGCAGGGCGCGAGGCCUGGACGGUCGCGGGCCCGUGCAGGCCUCUGCGUCCUGUGCCCGAACAGCAACAACUCCCUCCUGGCCUUCCCGGGGACGCACACUGGCCACGUGCAGCUGGUGGACCUGGCCAGCACGGAGAAGCCGCCCGUGGACAUCCCCGCGCACGAAGGCGUCCUGAGCUGCAUUGCGCUCAGCCUGCAGGGGACUCGGCUGGCCACCGCGUCCGAGAAGGGGACCCUCGUCCGAGUGUUUGAUGCCGCGUCGGGGCACCUGAUCCAGGAGCUGCGCAGGGGCUCUCAGGCCGCCAACAUUUACUGCAUCAACUUCAACCAGGACGCGUCCCUCAUCUGCGUGUCCAGUGACCACGGCACCGUGCACGUCUUCGCCGCCGAGGACCCCAAGAGGAACAAGCAGUCCAGCCUGGCGUCGGCCAGCUUCCUGCCCAAGUACUUCAGUUCCAAGUGGAGCUUCUCCAAGUUCCAGGUCCCCUCGGGCUCCCCGUGCGUCUGUGCCUUUGGGACGGAGCCCAACGCCGUCAUAGCCAUCUGUGCCGACGGCAGCUACUCCAAGUUCCUGUUCGGCCCCAAGGGCGAGUGCCUCCGCGACGUCUAUGCCCAGUUCCUGGAGAUGACCGACGACCGGCUGUGAGGCCGCCCGCGCCCGGCACCAGACGGCCACCGAGGUCCCGCGGACACCG